CUAAACUGUAACUCCAUUUUGGUGCAUCUCAGCAUUUCUGUGUAUGGGCAUGUUGGGCUAGCUCCUUUUUAAGUGGUGUGAUGCCUGGGGCCAGGAGAAACUAGACUGGCGAAGUCGGAGGCAUUGCUUCAUCUGGGGGGAACCAAUCCGCCUGCCCUUCUGUGUCUCUUGCCAACAUACAGCUACUUUUGCAGCUAUUUAGUCUGGAAGGACAAUGUGGUAAGUCCUGCUAGGUCUUGAAGAAGAGAGCCCAGCCAAAGGAAAGAUGGCAUCAUUGUGCCCUGGGGACCAGAACUGUUAUGUGGCCACCCUUCGAAUAUUAUGUGCUGCUGCUCUCGUUGUUGCUGUUCAGAGUGCCUGUGGCCCACUACCACGUCUGAAUUAUGCUGUGCCAAAAGAGGACUACAGUAAUAGGACUUCUUUUCAUGUUGGGUUCAAAGUAGAUUUCAACUGUCGCCCAGGUUAUGCCAAACGUUCAGCAUCUUCUCUUUAUUGCCAACGCAAUUCUGAGUGGGCAGUCCCUUUUUAUCCCUUCUGUACUGCAAAACCAUGCCCUCAUCCUGCAGCACCAGACAAUGGCCAAGCGGUUGUUCUUACGGAUCUCCAGUUCGGUUCAACAAUAAAUUUCACCUGUGAAGACGGGUACAGAUUAAUUGGAAGUUCACAGUCCAGGUGUGUGAUUGUACAAGGCGGUGUUAAUUGGGAUCGAGAUGUGCCAGUUUGUCAAUUGAUACCGUGUUUGCCUCCUCCGACAAUAAACCACGGGACACACAACGCAAUGAGUUCGGAGGAGUUCAGCUAUGGGACAUCAGUCACUUACAAGUGUGACAACGUAAGGCCAGGAGAGAUUCCUUUCUCGCUUGUUGGAGAAGCCUCCAUUUACUGUACAUCCCAGGAUAAUCAUAAUGGAGUCUGGAGUGGGCCUCCCCCUGAAUGCAAAGCAAUUCACUGUAAAACUCCGAACCUUGACAAUGGAAGAGUAAUGAACAGAUACACCACUCUCCAUACCUUGAAAAACAUCCUUUUGAUUGAGUGUAAUAAACAUCAUACUCUCUAUGGCAGCAGCACCAUUCAGUGCAAUGAGAAUAGUACCUGGAGCCCUCCAGUACCAGUUUGCCAACGAAGCAGUUGCGAUGACCCCCCUAUGACUGAUAGGAUUAUGCAACAUUCCUUUUCUUUCUCGAGCGAAGAGCCGAGCACCGAGUUUCCACUUGGCUCUGUGUUUACCUACACCUGUUGGCCAGGCUAUGAGUUCAGGCCUGGAGAGAACAAGCUCACUAUUACCUGUCAAAGAAACUUUCAGUGGUCUGAGUAUCCGAGUCCGUGUCAGAGAGUUUCGUGUCCAACCCCUCACAUUGACCACGGAACGGUGGUGCACGGCCCUCGGCUACGGGAACUCUAUGUAACAAGAGAUGAGGGGAGGAAAUACCUGUAUGAGGAUAUCACUAGGAUCCAGUGCAAUCCUCGGUAUGUCCUCCACGGUGACGAUUUGAUUCGCUGCAACCAAAGUGGCAACUGGAGUCCUGCAAUACCCCAGUGUGUCCCAGUGCCUGUGUGUCCAUCCCCAUGUAUUGAACACGGGACACUGUUAUCUAGCCCUGAAACGGAGCAUACGCCUGGAAGCACUGUUGAGGUUCGGUGCAAUGCUGGUUAUGUCCUCAAUGGCCCCAAGUCGAUUGAGUGCCAGCCCGACGAGACAUGGAAAUCUCCGGUACCCUUUUGUGAUAAAGCCUGUGGGCCCCCUCCAGAUAUUAAGCGAGGGCAGCAUUCUGACGGCACCAAGGAAGAUUUCUUCUAUGGCUCGGAGGUUAAGUACAGCUGUGCCGAGGGCUUGUCGCUGAUUGGAGAGUCUUCCAUCUACUGUACCUUGGGCAAUGACUUAAAUAUGAUCUGGAGCGGGCCUGCCCCGCGGUGUGAAAUGGUUCGCUGCCCCAGACCAGUGAUUGAAAAUGGACGAAUGACUACCAGCAGGCAUGUUUUCCUAUAUGGCACCACCGUGCAGUUUUCUUGCAGCGAAGGCUACAUGAUGGAUGGGAGCAGAGAGAGCCAGUGCCAGGAGGGCAGCAUAUGGAAUCCACCUCUGCCGUCUUGUCGUCCGGUUCAGUGUCCAAAGCCAGACCUGCGACAUGGAACAGUGACGGGCAAGCAGGUUGAAAAACCGUGGUACAGCAUGAAUGAAACCAUUACUUUCAGCUGCCCUGAGCAACACCGAUUCUUAGCCUGCUGGCAUCUGUUUACGACUGACACGUGGACGAUCACUUGUUCUGCUGACGGCAGGGGGACAGAGAUCCCCAAAUGUGUGAAAGAGGAUGAGGUGUAUAAGAUGGCGUAUGACGUUAAGGAGUUUCGGCAGUGUGAUAGUUCUCUGUUACAAGUGAGGAUCCUGCAGGAAAUGCAAAACCUGAAGCUGGAAGUCAAGAGCCUGAAGGAGGAAAUCAAACUUUUACAAUGAGCAGCACAGACCUGUGACCCGCAUCAAACCAAUCACAGCUUCUUUGGAUCCAGUUCAUGAGAUCUGGGUGUGCAAAGCAGAACUCUUUCCUGAUUUCACAGCCUGUGCUAAUACUCCUGGUAGGCCUGAGUGCAGUGCCUGCUGCAUCCAGGAUUAGGUUUUCUCAUGCCAGUUGUUAAGGAUUCUCUCGCUCCUUCCCUCCUCUCACACGUCUGAGCCUCCCAACCAUACGAUAGGUAUUUUAGGUCAUGCUCCAUCUUUUAGGGGGAGGGGCAGGUGGUUAAUCGAGAUUUGACUGAAUUGCAUGAAAGUAAACGUUUAAGUGAGACACGGUUCUGAUCCUUUGCAAGUGGAAACUCACACUACCAACCUUCCCUCUUGCAGACAUCACACAACCAACCACUGCUCGUAUUUAAUCGCAGUGAAUUUGAACCGAUACAAUCAGUGCAUUUUAAGAGUUGCAAAGAUGUCGCUGUGUUUUACUUGGAAAGUGCGAGGGGUUGCAAAACCCAGUCUGUCUCCUAGAG